UCGACGUUUGUGAAUAUUACACGGUUUCUGGAUGAUGCGUUGCUAGUGAAUUACUACUGCCCCAACGCCUCCACGGUUUCUAGAUCCGUUGUUCUUCAUGCCCGUGCUUGUGGCGUGCCAACUGAACCUGUUCAUGACUAAAGCUAUGUGCCGUGUACUGAUUAUUCAUUUUUUAAAUUGUUGAUGAAGUGUUGCUGAUGUAUAAAUGGAUAAUUUGGCGCGCGUGCCCCCUUGAACAAUUUGCUGUAUUUUGCACUGAAAAAAUUAGGCGCCGGGCGGAGACAAAACGCCUAGCGCUUAAGCGUGCGCUUUGGUCAAAAAACCGCAAGGCGGAGACAAAAUGCUCACUCCGCGCCUAGCGCUUUUAAAAACCUUGGUAUUUUGUACUCUACGUUAGAGCGGGUCGGAACGAUUAGUUUCCUUAGGUGUUGACGCUAGUAUACAAUGCCAUGGCUAUAGCGUAGAUGAUAGAUAUGAACUUGCUAGUUUUGUCCAGGGACUUCAUGAGUGACCCUACCUUUUGUGCCAUGUGAACUUUUUAAUAGUUCUCGACUGAAUUUUCCUUGUGGUAUUCUCAUGGUUCUUUUGACUUAUCAAUGGUCCUCACUUGUAUUACUGUUGGCAAUCUCUCUAAUGUUUCUUUGCACUUAUCAACGGAUUAGAACCUAAAGGUUAUAGUUGGAAUAUUAGAUAUGGGAGAGUAAUUGUUUUCCAAUGGAAUACAUACUGUUCUAGCCUUAUAUUGGUAUCGUAUUUUCCUGAUUCAACUUGUCUCUUCAAAUUUUAAAUUUAUUGUUGUGAUGCAUUUUUGCACAUCAAUGCAUGCAUACAUAUGGAACAUGCUUGGUUUGAUGCCAAAAUUUGGCAUGCCAAUUUUUAGGAUUGGCCCAAAUGCGUCCAUAUAACCAUAUGGCCCGUCUGGCCGCACACGUGGGCUUUGUCGGAGGAAGGAGCCCACACACCAGAACCACUAGGUUGCACGGUGAGGUGAGGAGACUAUAUGUAGAAGGGGAUCAGAUCUCCGGACUGGAACUCUGUUUACCCUAAUCCCUCCCCAUGUCGGCCGGUGAGAUCCCCGCUUCCUCUGCUCCCGGCGCGCCUCAGUUCCAUGUACUGGCGGAGCUGCCAUGGCCGCAGCCACCGGACGCCGACGACGAUUACUUCCUCGAGAAAUUCCAAGCCAGUGUUGAAACAUUGCCAGCUAUGCUGCACAAGAACUAUUCAUUAAUGCGAGAGCUCGAUAAAAGCUUGCAAGGUGUGCAGCUGGAAAAUGAGCAGCGAUGUCAACAAGAAAUAGAGGACAUUAAGCAUGGACUUGAAUCUGGAAGUAUUACAACAUAUGAGCCAGCAAAACUUAAAUUUUCUGAUGAGGCAAUCGAGGAGCAGAAACAUUGUGUUAGGAUUGCUGAUGAGAAGGUGGCUUUAGCCACACAAACAUAUGACCUGGUCGACGCUCAUAUCCAACAGCUUGAUCAAUACAUGAGGAAGCUUGAAGAACUUCGACUAGAAAAGGAGGCAGUGGCAGCUGCAGCUGCAGCUGCGGCAGAUACAGCUGUUGCUGCUACUUCAGCUGCUCCUGCUGGCGCUGGUAGCUUAAGGUCCGCAGCUGCUGAUCCUGCUCCAAAAACUGGACGAGCUGGCGAAAGAAGCAGAGGAGGGCGGAAGAAGGCUAAGGUGCCCACGGAGAUGCCUACAGAGAUGCCCAUGGAGCAGCCAGCUAUAGAUUUAGAAUUGCCUGUCGAUCCUAAUGAACCGACGUAUUGCUUCUGCAACCAAGUCAGCUACGGUGAGAUGGUCGCGUGCGACAACCCUGAUUGCAAGAUAGAGUGGUUCCACUUUGGAUGCGUGGGCUUGAAAGAGCAGCCGAGGGGAAAGUGGUAUUGCCUGAGUUGCAGCGCGUUCCAAAAGAAGCGCAAGGGAAGGUGAGAUACAUAUGGUCCUUGUGCUAGGAGGUAUGCAGUCAGUCAUCCGUGAUCGUCUGAUUCCGUUGUGCUGAGCAGCGCCUUGUUUGUCUGGGAAGCAACUGUUGAAUGUAGCUUGAGUGAUCUUGCACAUGUUGUGACAGUCUUGAGGAGUGUUGUACAUGUGUGGCCCCGUUUAGAACAUGGGAAUUUCUUCUGUUCUUGUGGGUGAUGAACUGGUGACUGAAAUGCUUGCAAUAUUCCAACUGUCUGUUAUGCCGUUAGCGGCUAGGAGAACCGUUGAGCAAAGGCGGCUAUGUAUGCGCAUCGAAACAAACCUUGUUCAGUAGGUGCCCUGAAACUCGUGAGAGCCAAGCUGCUUCCAAGCUGUGUUACCAUUUUUUUGCUCA